UCCGUACACUAUUAUUAUUUUUGUUAUUAUUAUUAUUAUUAAUUUAAAAAAAUGUUUUUUUUCCCAAACUGUUAAUUUUGUUUGCAGUUUCAUUCCAAAACUUGCUUUGUUCCCAUGUUCGUGUCUCAAACAUAACUUCCAUGUUUCCCACCGUGAGCUGCAGACAGUGGCGCGCGGCUCCACGCUGCUGUCGCUCCUCCUCCUCCAGGCAGACACACCUUUCUCCUGUGGUCCUCCAGCGCCUCUUACCUUCUCUUCUCCGCCUCGUUGUCUGCCUGUGAACUCUCACCCCAGCUGCUUGGGAAAUGUCAUACAGGCAGAGGCCCGUGCUGCAGUAGGGGGGCGUAAUAGGAGGAAAAAAAAUAACAUUUUUUUUUUAGCCGCUCUCACUGCAUCAUUUAUUGGCGUCUCUUCCGUGCAAGUGCCACAUCCCGCUACCAGCAGCAGCCGCCGCCGAUAAGAAGUCACUGCAGUCUCACAGCUCGUUCCGUUUGGAGCCUCAUUUUCCAUUAAAAAAAGACAGGAGAAAAAAAUCGGCGGCAGACAUGGAGAAAUCCAGGAAUCUUCUCUUGAAGACGGGCGCCCAGCAAACAAACUGGCUCGUGAUGCUUCUGCCCAGUAGAAGAUCCUGGGAUUAAGCUGUGGAUCCCUUCAAACUGAUGGCCCGGACUGAGUUUCAGCUGUCCUGCUGAAGCUAUGGGGAGCUGCUGGAGUUGUCUGUACAGGGACCCCAUCCGAGACAACCACCUCACCAAAUUUAAGGUCAUCAAUGUGGAUGAUGAGGGCAACGAGCUUGGUUCUGGGAUCAUGGAGCUCACCCAGACCGAGCUCAUCCUCCACACGCGUAAGAGAGACGCCAUCCGGUGGCCGUACCUUUGCCUGCGUCGCUACGGAUACGACUCCAAUUUAUUUUCCUUUGAGAGUGGCCGCCGCUGUCAGACCGGGCAGGGAAUCUUUGCGUUCAAGUGUUCCCGGGCAGAAGAGAUCUUCAAUCUGCUCCAGGAGCUGAUGCAAUGCAACAGCAUCAACGUGGUGGAGGAGUCCAUGAUGAUGAGUCGCAGUGGCCACACUCCAGAGAUGGACAUGUCUCGCACCCCACAGACUCCCAGCACUCCAGCAUUUCCUGUUCAGAACUUUCCCAACGGAUUCCCCGGCUACCCGCUGCGCAGUGACUCCUCCCAGCCCUCCAUUCCUGACGAGCACGGACACGGCCUCAUGGGUUUGGAGGACCAAACCCACACAUAUGUGAAUACUGUGAGCAUGGAGGGGGACCUCUCCAUGCGUCACUGCAUGCACUCUCUGCCUGAGGUGCGUCCGAGCACUUUUCCUGAGACCACGAGGGGAGCCAUGCCCGUGGGGAGUCAGGGGAACCCACCGUCCAGCCUGCGGUGCUGUCCUCUUGAGGAGCAUAAAGAUCCUCAGGUAUUCUUGCAGCCGUCCUCACAGGAGGCCAAGUUCAUGCUGGGCCCCACUCCGGCGCAGCGACACCUGCUGGAGAGGGAGAGGCACGCGCACGCUCCCCACAACCUUCAGCCAGCAGAGGGCACCACAGGCUCAGAGACGGAGGGCGACGAGCCCUCCGUGCACAUGUGCAACUCUCACUCCUACCACCACUUCCACCACCUCCCCCACCGGCAUCCGAGCCACGAGCACCCAGACAGCUGCCAAAGCGGAGAGCUCACCUACGAGAACAUCAACGGCCUGCGGGGCGGCCGCAAGCAGCGCCUGAGUCCCAGCAGCGUGUCGCAGUCGGUGGGUUCGAGCAGCAGCAGCAGCACCGGGGACAGUCACUCGCACUCCCUCCUGCACCCACACAGCCACGGCCCGUCCUCUCUGCCCAUGCAGGGUUACCCCUGCGAGAGGGGCGUGGGUGGAGGUCAUCGUCGGACUGCGCUUCUAAACUACGAGAACCUGCCGUCUCUGCCGCCGGUGUGGGAGUACAGCGCUUUGCAGCGGGACGACGAGCAGGAAGACGAUGAUGAUCAGGAGGAGGAAGAGUACGAAGAAGAGGAGGAAGACUUUGACGAGUACGAGUUCUCAGAAGGCCCCGGGACGCCCAACGGCUACCACCAGGACAGCCGGGGCAUCCACAGAGAUGCUCUCCAGAACUAUGUGAACACGGAGCAGGUCCAGCCUCCCCGUCUCCGACACGCCUGCCCCCCACACCCCCGGCCGUGUCAGCCCGAUCGAGGGGGGCGAAUAUUUAGCUUUGAUUUCCGCAGACGAUCACGUUCAGGGGUUGGAGGUUGUGAGCACGGCCACAUGCCUCCAUCGCGGCAGCUGAAUUAUAUCCAGGUUGAUUUGGAAGGAGAACCCCCCUGCCAGGCCCUCGGCGGCGGGGGUGCACAGUCACAGCACCAGCGCCUACCACCCAAAAAAUGUGGCCCUCAGCCUCCCCGGCGCAGCGAAUGCUACGCAGUCAUUGACCUAAAGAAGACUGCCGCCAUGUCCAACCUGCAGAAAGCGCUGCCCAGGGAUGAUGGGACUUCCAGAAAGACUCGCCACAACAGCACAGACCUGCCUCUGUAAAUGGAACUCAAAGUGAAGAGGAGCGACGAAGACGGAUGAAGGCUUUUCCUCAUCUCAGCACACUGGACCCUUCACUGUCGUGCAUCCUUCAAAUGUCAGGCUGACAUACAACACAGGUACCCGACUGAGAACUCGUGGAAGCCUGUUUGUGCUCAUAAAGGGAAAUGAGAAAUCUCUUUGGAGAAUUUUUCGGUUUUGUCUUUAUUAAAUAUUUGGUGUGAGGCUCUCUUAAUAGCAUUAAGUCUCAUAUAUUUUUAUGUAUGCAACACUUUAUGUUGAGCUGUGAUCUAGCAGAGAGCAGACACCUCCGUUAUAAGGGGAAGAGGUCAUUGCCAUCCUGUACUAGCAGAUUUCAACUAUCAAAAGGAUCCUCGUUUACAUAAUAUUGCUCAUAUCAUGCAUUUUUUUUAUUCUUUCUUUCAAGGAUAUUCCUUCAGGUUAAGUUUUGUGAAGUCCACAUGAGUAUUUGGUGCUUUACCUGCUGCAGACUGGGGUCAUUUUGCAAAAAUGUUGAAAGAAACAUGGAGGAAUUAUCAUGGGGAACUAAGGCUUGGCUAAAUUUUGAAUUUAGGUCAUUUAAAUAUCCUUUUUUUGUCAUUUGAAGCUAUUAAAAACCUCAAAUAUCAAACACUUAAGGGGCCAUACCAUAAUUUUCUUAAGUCUUUCAGAGUAAAUUAUAUCCAUAUAAAUGAUCAUAUAUUACUAAAAAUGAAUUAUUUAUAAAAUAUGAGUUGUUUUAGCAGACUCUUUUUAUACCCAAAGGUAAAAUGACUUAAUCUCUGAGGCUCCGCCUUUCGAUCCCUGAGGAUGCCACCCACCUCAUGAUGUCACCCUAGAGCCGCAAAGCUAGCUGAUCAUCGCUAGCUCGAGCUGCUAGCUUUGCGGAGAAAGUGUUUGUGUUAGCCUGGGGGCGGAGCAGACUCUUCCUGGAGGGGGCUGUCCCACGUUGUGACAUCAGCACGUGAGGAUCCGCUCGUUCUCGUGGGUAUGGGAGGGGCUGAGAGUGAAAGUUUUAGAGGAUUAAUAUGGGGUUAAAUUAGGAUCUGCUUAAAGUGAACAAAAAACAGAUUGAAAAUUUGAAAAAUAGAAUUGAACAAAUAAUUCUGAAAACUUGAAAAAAAA